ACGGGUUUGACGGCCCUCCAUCUUUCUUCUAAAGAAAAUUUAUCAGAUAUUGUCAGAAAGCUUAUAUCGCAUGGUGCUCACAUUGAUGCUGUCACAAUGAAAGGCAACACUGCUCUUCACAUCGCAAGCCUUGCUGGUCAUUUCGACAUUGUAAAACAACUGAUAGAGGCUGGUGCAAAUGUUGACAAGCAGACUCUUGUUGGUUUUACUCCUUUAUAUAUGGCGGCCCAAGAAAAUCAUUUAGAUAUAGUACAUUAUCUUUUAAAUAAAGGAGCUAAUCAGUCACUUACUACGGAGGAUGGCUUUACACCAUUAGCUGUUGCUCUUCAGCAGGGUCAUGAUCUUGUUGUUGCAGCUUUAUUAGAACGCGAUUCACGUAGUAGAGGGGGUUUGCCCGCUCUUCAUAUUGCCGCCAAAAAAGAUGAUGUUAAUGCUGCCAGUCUCCUAUUGAAUAAUCCCGAAGUUAACGUUAAUCAUCAAUCACAGGUAUGA